UCUCAUUUGUUUGCCUUCAACAAUGACCAACAAUAACAUGAACUCGCACAAAAAGUCUCUACUGAGCCGCCUGAGAGUGGCCGUGAACAAGGUGAAGCUCCUGCUGAGCGCCACCGUGCUCAGCCACGCAUGGCAUGCGGCGAACAUUCUCCGCCGCGUUUCUAUGAGCAAACGCCAGAUUAGUUUCAACGAUCGACCGGGGUUGAUGAUUUGUGCUACUUCUUCUUCAGAGGAAACGGAUUCGGAGGGUUUGAUUUCUCCUCCUGCGCAAACCCUUCAGAGGACCAUAAGCGGUCCCUCGGAUGAUGAUAUUGAUAAGAGAGCAGAGAUGUUCAUAACCAAUUUCAGACGGCAGCUUCAGAUGGAGAGACAAAUCUCACUGCAGCUACGUUAUUGCAGGGAAAAUAGUCUUGAAUUGGUCUCUCCCUGAUUAGUUCUUUGGAUUUCUUUUAAUGGAAAAUCUCCAUUUUUCACUUUGCCUUGAUUGCCAGAGGAACGUGUACAAAAAAAGUCUGCCUAUUUUUUUCCCUUUCAUUUGUAAAGUUUUGGAUUCUUGAGAUUGUUUUGAUCUUUUUUACGAUUUGCAGCAAUUACAAGA